UAUACUCAGCUUCAUGUAAGGUGCGGUACUCUACAUUCCUUGUACACCAUAGCUGUGUCUGCCUACCUCUCUACAGCGUCAUCAUGUAUGAGAGAGAGAAAGCAGUCGUUCUUAAAUCAUCCGCCUCGCUCAUCCCCAACAAUGUGUUUCGUGUCAAGGUGGACGGCAAGGUGUACGCCGGGGUGGUGCACAAGGAGGAGGUGAACAUCGUGUGUCCAGGAUCACCAGAGACGGAGCCUCGCUUGGUGAUGGCUAGAAUGUCCUCCUCUUCUAACACCGGCAUCACCAUCAUGCAGGCAUCGUGGGUUGAAGUGCGUGGUCAAGUGUUGCUGGUGUUGGCCACUACACAAGGUGUUCUUAUGUAUGACUGGGAUGGCUCAGUGCUUCUUCACUCUCACCUCCUGCCCUGCCCGCCACCAGACAUACCCUUCUCCUUCACUAAGGGUAUUACUGCCCUCUCCACCGGAUACAUUUGUGUUGGCGUGCACACAGGUGAGAUCCUGGUGAUGUGUGUGGGUGAAGGGGUGGAGGUGAGUGCUGUGGAGAAGGUCAGGUGGCACGCCCGUCCCAUCACUGCUCUGGCCGCCCACGGUUCCCUGUUGGUGAGUGGUGAUGAUGGUGGUGACAUCAGCGUGGCUCAGGACAACAAUGGUCUUACCAAGCUUUACUCCGUGGACUCUUAUGGGUGUGCAGUGACGUGCCUGGCCGCCUGGGAGGGCCAGGUGCUGGCCGGCUACCUCUCUGGUCAUCUCAGGAUCUUCAACCUUCAAAAUGGAAAGAUAGUCGCUGAGGUGUGUGCACAUGUGCAGAGCAUCACGGGUCUGGACGUGGCUCAGGACACAGGUCUAGUACUGACGGCCAGCGAAGAUACUUUCCUUAGAGUGUGGCAGCUGAACCUAGACUCCUCCUGCCUUCCGAUUGAGCACAAGUAUAGUAUGAGCGAGGAGAACACAGCACUGUGUGGAGGGGUGUUCACUGACCACCUGGGCUCUGGCUACCUCGUUACAGGCUACGACCGACGUGAACUUAUCUGCUACGUUUUGUAACUCUGCGCUGCUGGGUGUGCUGUCUUCUAUGGCCAUAAUUUUUAAAGGGAUGGACCGGCAAGCCAGCGGAAGGCCUCGGUCAGAUGACCAAAUGCUCCAACGGCGGAUCAUCAUCUAAGACCCGUGUCAGAAAACACUUGUUAUGUUUCCUGACGAAUCUUACCUAACUUAACCUUCUAACAUUAAUGUGCACACCUCACCCUGGACCCACUGUGUGCCUCUGUAAUCUUUUGACUACCCCCCUUCCUCGGAUGGGAAUGGGGUGCAUAAUAAAGAUUAAGUUUGGCUUGGAAAGGUAUAAAUAAAAUAACCAGGAAAAAGACUGGCAAUGUUGCUCAUCCCUUUCCUCUUGAAAAAGCAAAUGACCUCAUAAAUGACUGGUCCAAAACAUCCAGGCAUGAAAACCUUCCAUCUCAUAUGAGAAAAAAUUUAGAGAGUACUUCUGAAGAAAUGUUGAAACUGAUUAAUUUUAUGAGCCAAAAUAUUGAUGAGAGUGAUUGCCUCUUUACCGAGUAUGAAUUAGAUAAUGCAUUAACUAAAGGUCGAUCAACUGCUCCUGGAGAGGAUGGUAUAACCUAUGAUAUUCUCAGAACUCUAAGGCACGUGCCUGAUAACCCUUUGUUGGCACUGUAUAAUCUCAGU